CCUCCUCCCACUAUGUGCGCCAAAGUUGGCCACUUAAACUCCUCUCAGGCAGCAAACAGGAGCUGUAAUCAAAACUAGCAGAACCUCUCACUAAUAUUUACUCACAGUUGCUUCAGAGCACAUUUCAUGAUUUCCUCUGCUCAUCCUGCUGUUGGUUUUUGGUAUCCACUUUUCCACGGCGCAAACAACACUGGAGAUUUCUGUGUGAUUGAUUUCUUUAAUUUAUUAGUGAGCGAUUAAAUUGUUUGGGGGUAGCUGGAAUGGCUACUUUACCAGGAACAGUUCCUCGAAUGAUGCGGCCAGCACCAGGCCAGAACUACCCACGAACCGGAUUCCCGUUAGAAGUCUCAACGCCUCUGGGUCAAGGUCGGGUGAACCAGCUCGGUGGAGUUUUCAUCAACGGAAGGCCACUGCCGAAUCAUAUUCGACACAAAAUAGUGGAAAUGGCCCAUCACGGCAUCCGACCCUGUGUGAUCUCUAGACAGCUGCGGGUCUCACACGGCUGCGUGUCCAAAAUCCUCUGCCGCUACCAGGAGACUGGUUCCAUUCGUCCGGGAGCGAUAGGUGGAAGCAAACCGAGGCAAGUUGCAACGCCCGACGUUGAGAAGAGAAUUGAGGAAUACAAACGCGAGAAUCCAGGGAUGUUCAGCUGGGAAAUCCGGGAUAAAUUGCUGAAGGACGGGGUGUGUGACAGGGGCACGGUUCCUUCAGGUGAGGCCUCUUCCGUUAGCUCCAUUAGUCGGGUUUUGAGAGCUCGUUUUGGCAAGAAAGAUGACGAUGACGAGUGUGAUAAAAAAGAUGAAGACGGAGAAAAGAAAACCAAGCACAGCAUCGAUGGGAUUCUCGGGGAUAAAGGUAACCGUACGGAUGAUGGCUCGGACGUGGAGUCGGAGCCAGACCUGCCCCUGAAAAGGAAACAGAGACGCAGCCGUACCACCUUCACAGCAGAGCAGCUAGAGGAGCUCGAGAAGGCCUUUGAGAGAACACAUUACCCCGACAUCUACACUAGAGAGGAGCUUGCACAGAGGACCAAACUGACUGAGGCUCGUGUACAGGUCUGGUUUAGCAACCGAAGAGCAAGGUGGCGCAAACAAGCAGGAGCAAAUCAGCUGGCAGCAUUCAACCACUUGUUGCCUGGAGGGUUUCCACCAACUGGCAUGCCAACCUUACCCACCUAUCAGCUUCCAGAGUCAACGUAUCCCAGCACCACUCUCUCACAAGAUGGCAGCAGUACGUUGCACCGGCCGCAGCCUCUGCCGCCUUCCUCCAUGCACCAGGGUGGACUCUCAGCUGACAGUAGCUCUGCCUACGGCCUCACAUCCAACCGCCACACCUUCUCCAGCUAUUCAGAGACUUUUAUGAGCCCGUCAGCUUCAAGCAACCACAUGAAUCCCGUGAGCAACGGCCUUUCGCCACAGGUGAUGAGUAUUUUGAGUAACCCCAGUGCCGUCCCAUCCCAGCCACAGCACGAUUUCUCCAUCUCUCCUCUCCAUGGCAGUCUGGCGUCUAACCCCAUCUCAGCGAGCUGCAGUCAGCGUUCAGACCCCAUCAAGAGCGUGGACAGUCUGGCGUCCUCUCAGUCCUACUGUCCCCCCACAUACAGCGCCACCAGCUACAGCGUGGACCCUGUUACUGCUGGAUACCAGUACAGCCAGUACGGCCAGACUGCUGUGGACUAUCUGGCCAAGAACGUGAGUCUGUCAACCCAGAGAAGGAUGAAGCUGGGCGAUCAUUCAGCAGUGCUGGGACUCCUGCAGGUGGAGACGGGACAGGCUUACUGAGUCUGAGCACCUCAAACACACCUUCACACGCUCUCAGAUGCACAAACACCUCCUCCGUCCAGCUGGAGCUCCUUGGCAUGAGCGUGAGAUUAACUCUGAUUCUCAAGACAAGAAACCCUUGCCAUUCCAUUUGACGUGACCUCUUCGUGAUUCUGGGCUUGUCUUGUACCUCUAACUCGGACAAGAGGACCAUGCAACGGCUGCAGACAC